UAGGCGCACGCACGACGAUGGGUCAGCCAACGAAGGAUUUUUUUUCUUCGAACGGGCCAGUCAGGAUCGGGCGGUUGGAGCGUUGUCCUCGAUUGGUCAUGUCCGAGCGCCAGGAGGAGGACGAGGUUCGGGCCAGUGUUCUGGAGAUAUAGAACGAACAACAAGAACUGCUCGAUAUAUUGAUCAUCGUCAUCGAGUGGAGCGGUGUUCUGGGUCUUUUGCAAGUGAUACCCAUAUCGUCUUAGCCCAAACCUUCUUCAAGACAUGGACCACUCGAACGAGAUUACCGCCCAGUCGGCCCCCAACACCAAUGUCAACACUCCCACCAUGAACCCCUUGGCCGAGAAACACUCGCUCGAUAGCGAUGCCACCCGGUCCAUGACCAACACCUCGUUCGCCGACGAAAAGGCCAUGAACAACGGGAACCACUACAAGAAUAACGGGGACGUGAGAGAGCCUACCAUCCCCGAGGAGGACGAGUUCGCUCAAGACGUCUUCACCGCCCAUGCCGAUGGGAACGACGACCACGUCGAUUUCCGUACCAUGGGCUGGGUCCAGGCCGGGUUCGUCUGCUUGGCCGAAGCUAUCGCUCUCGGUCUGCUCUCCUUCCCCUCGAUCUUCCAGCGACUAGGACUGGUCGGAGGCUUGAUCGCUACGAUCCUCCUCGCCUGUCUCGCCUAUAUCACCGCCUGGAUCUACAUCGACUUCAAGUUACGGUACAUGGGAUGUAUGAACGUCGCUGAUGCCGGUACGAUCAUGUUCGGAAGGAUCGGGGGGAUCAUCUUUGGAGUGGGCAUCAUGGUCAAGUCUAUCGGGCUUGCUGCGAGUCACGCGUUGGCGGGGGAGAUUGCGUUGAGCAACAUCUCUGACAAUGCCGUCUGCAAGAUCGUCUUCACCGUCGUCAUCUGCAUCGUCUCUGUCCUCCUGUCGCUUCAACGACACUUUGGCAAAUUGACCCCGAUGUCCAUCAUCUCGGUCACCUGUAUCACCGUGGCCAGUUUCAUCACCAUCAUCGGGACCGGCGUCCAGUCCCCCAGCGUGUUGGUCAAGAACAACGUACCCAUCGAAUGGAAGGUCAUCAACUACGAUGCGACCUUGAGCGACGUUAUCGGCGCCAUGACCAACAUCUGUUUCACCUUCGGGACCAACAUGGCCGUCCUGACUUUCUGCUCCGAGAUGAAGGCACCCAAGGAUUUCCGUAAAUCCUUCGUCAUCGUCCAGGGACUGCAACUCUUCCUCUACUCCCUCGUUGGGUCGCUCGUCUACGUCUUCGGUGGACAAUACACCACUUCGCCGGCUUUGACCAUGACUACCAGGCCUUUGGCUAUCACUGCGUAUUCAUUCGCUCUGGUCACGAUCAUUAUCUCUGGUGUCGUCGCUGUCAACAUCGGUGCCAAGUACUUCUACGUCACUCAAUUGCGAGGCACCCGUCUCUUGACUUCUGGAGGCUGGAAGGCUCAGUUCAUCUGGGUCGGGAUCGUCUGCGGAAUGUGGAUCCUCGGUUUCAUCUUUGCCGAGCUCAUUCCCUUCUUCAACCAACUUCUUACCAUCAUCUCGUCCUUGGUCUCCACCUGGUCCGCCUACGGUGUCCCCGGGAUCAUCUGGUUCUUCAUGCGCAAGCCACAGGUCAAGGCCGACGGCUGGAGGCAGGCUUACUUUGGCAGCCUCUUGUCCACGUUCUUCUUCUUUUGCUCUGCCAUUUCGAUCGUCUUGAGCGUUGCGUUCACGCCUUUGGGUAUUUACUCUGCCGUUCAGGGAAUUAUCGACGGGUACUCCAAGGGUACCUACAAGCACCCGUUCUCUUGCUAGAUGGUGCAAACCCACACUUGGAAGAUGUAAGAAGGAAGGAUCGAAAACAGAAAAGGAAUCACACAAUGUAAACCCCAUAGAUAGCAUUACACAGGUUGUCGCACAAGGCAACAACACAGCAUUAUUAGCAUGAUCAUAUCAAAUCACAUAAUAGCACGUCGAAGCAGGACACUGCCAGCGAAUCUUGCGCGAUUUGAAGGUGAAGAUGGUCGAUUCCGACAGACCUACGAAGCACGACAUUGAUGCCGAGAGGGGAUGAAACGCAGGCUCUCCUUUGUGGCAAUGUGCUCCUU